CGGGCAGCCAGUGCACGUUUCAUUCGCUGAAGAGCGGCUAAGCUACCCGGCCAGCCAGUGCACUGCAGCAGCGGAGCCGUCGGCACCAUGGGCGACCUUUCGGCUAUUUCUCAGGUCGGAUUUUGACAGGAAAACACCGGGAACAUGACGGAAAGGCUGGAGUGGGUGGAGAUCAUCGAGCCGCGCACGCGGGAGCGCAUGUACGCCAACCUGCUGACGGGCGAGUGCGUGUGGGACCCGCCGCAGGGCGUGCGCAUCAAACGCUCGGGCGAGGACCAGUGGUGGGAGCUGUUCGACCCAAACACGUCGAGGUUCUACUACUACAGCGCAGCGUCCCAGCGCACCGUGUGGCACCGGCCCCACGACUGCGACAUCAUCCCCCUGGCUAAGCUGCAGACGCUCAAGCAGAGCUCCGACUCACCUCCGCCGCCGCUUAGUCGCCACGGCAGCACCUCCUCCUCGCUGGACCAGGAGGCACCCAAUGCCAACGUCAACGUCAAUGCUGGGGGGAAGGAGGAGCGAGAGAGGACGUCGCCUUACUGCUGGAACACUGGGACGAAGGACCGUAUGCUUAUCAAGGUGAAGGACCACGAGCCCAGCUUUCUGACACACCAAGGCAACGGCGUUACCCUCUGCGAGGGUUCAGGGCCACCCUCCCGUGCCCGCCAUGCCUCGGGGAACAUGGCCCCUGACCCCGACAACUCACCCGCCAUUCACUCCCCCUUUCUGAAACGCCCGGAGCUGGCCGGCUCGCCGCUGAUGGGUAGCGAUGGCGGGACCUAUCGCCGGCCGUCCGCUGAUUCGCAGCCGCCCUCCCCCCGUUAUGGCUAUGAACCCCCGCUUUACGAGGAACCGCCAUCUGAGUACCACCCCCCCAUCUACGAGGAGCCGCCGUCGGACGCAGCGUGCCAACAGACCGGCGAGCAUCCCGUGUCCUCUCCUGGCCGGGGAAAGCCCUCCUCCCUGUUCCACUCACCCAAGCAGAGCCCUUCGCCCUAUCAGCAGCUGGUUCUGACCCGGCAGCACGGUCCAGACAAACCCCAGAACCUAGAGUACAGCCCGGCCGGCAGGGAGUACGUCAAGCAGCUUGUCUAUGUGGAGCAGUCAGGAUCCAGCCCGCGGUUCCGCACGGCAGACAGGCUGCUCAGGUACCAGCCUGGUGGGUCUGUUGGCGCCCCCUAUGGGGGAUCCUGCACCCUGCAACAUGCCCAGUCUUUGGUGCGUGACCCACGGGCCGUAGCCGAAAAAGCCGGGCAGCGCUUCGUCUACGAGGACCCCGCCGGCUCUCCUGACAGCCCGGCAUCACCUGGCAAUGGCGCGGGCGGCAAUGGCGGCGGAAACCGCAAGCGCAAGACACGCAACCCGUCGCAGGAGGCAGCGCCCAGCGGUGGUGGUGACACAGAGGCGAUGCUGGCACAGGCGCGCCUGGCCUGGGAGGCGCAGCAGGUGCAGCAGAUGCGGCAGCGCGGCAGCUGGGAUGCCGGCCGGACCCCAGGCACACCCCUAAGCACCACGCCGCAAAGUGCCAAAGACGGCUACGAGAGCGAUGGGGCGGCACCGACACCCCUGCCUGGGCCCGUGGUGCGGGCCUUCAGCGAGGACGAGGCGCUGGCACAACACGACGGGCAUCCCUGGAAACGCAGCGCCUUCGAGAGGCUGGGCUUUCCCCAGGCGCUGCUGGAGAAGAGCCUGUCUGUGCAGACGAACCUGGCCUCCCCCGAGCCCUUCCUGCACCCCUCACAGUCGGAGGACCUCGGGGCGUGUGCCCAGUUCGAAGCCAGCCGAAACGCCCGCAACCUGAAUCCCAGUGCCAGCUGCGGGGUCUUCCCGGAAUUCAGCCUGCGCAAGCCGUCCUCCGAGACCGACAUCGAGAACUGGGCGUCCAAGCACUUCAAUAAGCACACGCAGGGACUGUUCCGGCGUAAGGUCUCCAUCGCCAACAUGCUGGCAUGGAGCAGCGAGCCCAUCAAGAAGCCCAUGAUUGUCACGUCGGACCGCUCCGUGAAGAAGGAGGCCGUGGAGAUCUUCAAGCUCAUCCAGAUGUACAUGGGUGACCGGCGCACCAAGCUGGAACCGCUGACUGUGGGGCUGGAGAUCGUGGUGCGUGGCUGGAGCUGCCAGGGCCUCCGUGAUGAGCUCUACAUCCAGCUGUGCCGACAGACCACGGAGAACUUCCGCUACGACAGUCUGGAGCGUGGCUGGGAGCUCAUGGCCAUCUGCCUGGCCUUCUUCCCCCCAACACCCAAGUUCCACUCCUACCUAGAAGGAUACAUCUACCGGCACAUGGACCCGCUCAACGACACCAAGGGAGUGGCCAUAAGCAGCUAUGCUAAGUACUGUCACCGGAAGCUGCAGAAGGCGGGCCUGACCGGAGCCAAAAAGGGCCUACAGAAGCCCAGCUUGGAGGAGAUCAUUUAUGCCCGCGUCGCCAUCUUCAGCCCCUCCAUGUUCGGCAGCACGCUGGCGGAGGUCAUGGCUCUACAGAGGGAGCUCUACCCCGACCGGCAGCUGCCCUGGGUGCAGACACGCCUCUCUGAGGAGGUUCUGGUGCUCAACGGGGACCAAACCGAGGGCAUCUUCAGAGUUCCUGGAGACAUAGAUGAGGUCAACGCUCUGAAACUUCAGGUGGACCAGUGGAGGGUCCCCACAGGACUCGAGGACCCCCAUGUUCCAGCCUCCCUGCUGAAACUGUGGUACCGUGAGCUGGAGGAGCCCCUGAUCCCCCACGAGUUCUACGACGAGUGCAUCUCAAACUACGACGAUGCAGAGGCUGCUGUCAACCUGGUGUUGAACCUGCCCCACAUCAACAAGAUGGUGCUGUGCUACCUGAUCCGCUUCCUGCAGGUGUUCGCACAGCCCGCCAAUGUUUCCAUCACCAAGAUGGACAUCAGCAACCUGGCCAUGGUCAUGGCUCCCAACUGCCUGCGGUGCCAGUCGGACGACCCGCGGGUCAUCUUUGAGAACACGCGCAAGGAGAUGUCCUUCAUCCGCGUGCUGAUCCAAAGGCUGGACACUAGCUUCAUGGAUGGGGUGCUAUAGUCACCAGUGGACCCUAGGGGGCGCCCUACACCUGCCCUCCAGAGAGCUGUCCUGUAGGGUCAAGGCGCCGCAGGGUAACACCAGGCAAACACACACAUUCACACAGACGCACGCAUACCUCGCAUGUACACAUGUCCACACACAUCGUCACGUACAAAACACACAUGAAGGGACACACAGAAGUGGAAAACGCACCAAGAACACACAAACUCACAGUAUGGCCGAAACAUAACCCAGGUAACAGUUUUUCAACUUUACAGACAUUGCAGACACAAACACACACACGGACAAAACAUAUUCAUUCAUACAUCUCACACAUCAUACAUUUAAGCCAGGUUUUGUCCAAUUAUUCCUUCAUAAUAUACAUAAUUUACAUAAAUUGGCUAGAGUUUAUCUUACCCAGACUCAAACUGAGAGGAAGUCUCAGAUUUUCAUUUGCUAAACUGACGUAGAAAAUUGUAGUGAGGAACACAGGGAUGUAUUAAACACUCAUUCUUCAUUUUUAAUAACAAGGGAGUGCUCUGUGUCGCUAGUCCGGAAGUCACCUGCAAUAAUGCAUGCCAGCCAACACAAACACACCUGCACUAAACAUACUUCAUCAGCGGCAGACACGUACAGACGGAUGUUUACACUGUUAAGGAUACAUGGCCACUGAUAGGAAUGUGCGUGAAUGGAAUACACACAUAUGGCAGCACGCUCAUAAAGACAUACACAAUGGGGAGUCAGAAAGAGUGCUGUAUUUCAUUGGGGAAACGUACAGGCACAUUUCUAGAUGCCUCGGAACGGGGGCCUUCCUUCCAAAACACUGGACUUCCUUGCUGCCCAGCAGGGUAGCCAGGACUGUAUUCCUAGAAAUUGCCAAACGAAGACAAAGUCUGUCCAGCUCACCUUCUACUGCGCGACCCUGCAGUCACGUGGGUAACCAGACCAUCACUGACCACUCGCAUACCUUGUUUGUUCUCUUAAUGCUCUUUGCCUACUACUUCUCCUUGAAUCAGGAUGUCUGGUUUUUUUGCAGUCUGCCACCUAGAUUUCUUUUCCUUCCCCAUCCUCCUCACGUCAGCGAGCCUACAUUGUCUCACUACUACAUUCCGUCCAUCUCCAUUCGAAGUAGCCGAAACUGCCACGCCCUCAGAGGUCUUCAGCCGCUGGGUUUUGUAACAUUCCCGUGGUUUCGCCGCAGUCGCCGUAAAACCCAGGGAAAAUAUCCAGCAAGGACACUGUGCCAAUCACCGCAACACAAUCACAAGCAUCCGAUGUAACCUCCCAGCCUGAUUGGCCGAGUGGUUGCCCUGGGUUACCGGACCACGGAAGCUUCAGAUGUACAGUAGUAUUGAAAAGGAGGUGUGGACCAGCCUGACGUGGCUGCUCUCCUCUCCAGCUCAGCCUGCUAGUGAUUCUCCAUCCACAGGACUGUAUCCUUACCCCACUGCCUGCCAUCUCCGGCACAGUCAGGAAUAAACCACACUGACUCUGUCUCCCUCAUGAGGAAGACCCUGUAACCGCCAGUGGAACACUCUGUGAACCCCCCCCCCCCCACACACACAGCCAUGUGAAAUCAGUCCAGGUGACACACUGAUUGCUUGUUAUCUGUUACGCUAACAGAAUUUAUGUCUUUAACCUGUUUUAUUUAAUUUAUUUGUAUUUAUUUAAAUUGGAUUUUUAAAUGUUUUUUUUUUUAAUGUGUAAGGAGUGACAGUAUGUGAGAAUGAGGAUUCUUAUACAUUAACAGCUCUUUGCGAGAGCGGAGGGUGAACUUAUGUUGCGUAUCGUGAUUCUGAACAUCUUCAGGGCAUGAGCCCAGAGAUUAUAGUGAAGGUCGGGGUACCGUCAGAGGCGUGGGGCCUUCGAGGGCAGGUCUCCGGUUACUGCUGGCAAGUGGCUGACCCCCAAGCCGGAGGGAAAUGUUUGAUCCGUUCUGAGGCUCUUUCAAGGGUCGUGCCUUCAACUAUCAGCCAUGAAGGUGGACUGUCCCCAUACAGGCGUCCUGGCAGGGUUGUAAACUCUCAUACGGAGAUCAUCUGCAGCCUGCUCAGAAUAUUUGGUGACAGCCAAUCAGAUGAACAUGAUAGUACAUCAUUAAAGAAUGGGAUUGCAGUUAGUUAUGCGACAACUUUGGUGCAUUUGGGUGAGAAAAUGGGCAUGAAGGCGGCUCCCGUUACCCAGAGCUCUCCUCUGGGAUGGAGAGAGAGCCCAAUGUCAGGAGGUUACUGUCUUGCUGCUGUCCAUGUCCAACGUGGCAAUCCUCUGAGAUUAAGUCAGAUUGAAUCAGAUUCUGAGUAAUCACAUCACUGACCAUUGGUUGAUUUGAGUCAGGCGUGAGCCAAUCAGGAUUGAGUAAGCUGAAUGGUCAUUAGAGAGAGAGCAUUAUCAAAUUUGACAGUGCUGUUAUAUGAGCGUCUGUUCAUAUGUAUGCAGACUAAUAUAAUUCUAACCUGCAUUGGCUGGAUUUAGCGUCCUGCAUUGCUCCAAUGAGGGAUGCUUGGCAAAGUGGUAAAUGUAGUUCUUUUACUACAGGUGAACUAUGAACUGGAUAAAAAAAAGGAUUAAAACGCUGUUGCUGUUAAUUAAUUUUACAUUUUGAAUGUUUUUCAGAUGUAUGUUUCAUAUUUUUUAUUGUUAUUACUGUUCUUUUAAAACUGUUACACCGUUGCUGCUGAUAUUCUGCAGAGGGUUUCAUUUUCAUACUGGCUAAAUAUCAGUCAAACUAAUAGUCAUGGUACUGCCCGCAUCAUUUCAAGUGUCACACGCUCUUAGAGAUAAUAACUUGGGUGAGGAAACAGGACAUUGUUUAAUAAACUAUAGAAAUGCA